AUGGCUCCUUUUGACGUCCCCUUGCUUGGCUUUCCGCUAGUGAGCCCCCCAUACCAUCCCACCCCAACCCUCCCCACCCAUACAGGAGAGGCUGACUCGCCCCCAUCGACCAGAAUCGAGAGGGGAGAGACCUGUGUCCGAGUCACCUUCUGCCCGACACUGCAAGACCAGUCUACCUUCUCCAGCUCGGGUAUCAUGGCCGACUUUGUGGUCCAGUACGAUGUCGUCAUGGAGGACAUCAUUGGCGACGUGCAGAUUUACGACGGCUAUUUUAUUCAUUACUUUGCCCCCAGAGGCCUUCCACCUGUUGAGAAAAACGUGGUGUUUGUUAUUGACGUGAGCGGCUCCAUGUUUGGUACCAAGAUGAAGCAGGUAAUGAGAAACUUAGGACCUUCCCUACCUCUUCUUUUUGAAUCUUAGCAAGCAGAGAUUGCUGGAACAUUGGUUUCCUGGGGCCAGAGACCCUAUCAUCCCUUUCCCUAGGAUCUU